AUGGUGCGUGCUUGCGGGAAUGAGUUCGCUCUGUUCCGGAACGUCAUCGACCUUCUACAAGAGGCAGCCGUCUAUCUGAUCAUUGACGAGGGUGCCACUGCUCAACGAGCACGACAACGCCUGGAAGCUAAGGAUGAUACCGAACUUUACGGGGCAUUUUUUGCUACAAUUCACUCUGAUUCAGACACCCUCAGAGCCAUUUUGCCGAACAUUGAGGAAGAAUCGACAUGGAACAGCGAAGGCGUCCUUUCUGCAGUCCGCGGCCUUCUCCAUGUGGUCCAGGAGCAGUUUGUUAACAGGUCAGGGGAGUCUAGCUCUGACGAUGAGUCUGAAGAACCUGAGGCCCCAUUUAUGUCGCUGCAGCGCUUGACUGACCAGUACAAUAAACUUGCGCUUGGAGCAACCACGGCAGAGAAGGCGAGCUGGCUCGUCAUUGAACUGAACAUAACGAAGACAAAGAGUAAACAAAGACGGCCUCUCUUGUCCGCGAUGAAGACCUGCCUCGUGGAGAUCCAGGCAUUGGUCAAGCCCCAGAAGAGUGCCAAGGAGCUCUUUCUAGAUCAGGUUCAGACCUCCGAACGUCUCCUAGAAACGCCGUUGUUUGCAAACGUCGAGGAAUUUCACCAGACUCUUGCCAAGACAUGGAUUUGCGAAUGUUACACGGAUCGUAUGCACCAGGACGCCGUGUUCUCGUUUUAUGCUCCACCUGCCUCAGACAAUUGCUACGCAAUGGGAACGAUGUACUUCCGCACACAAGACGACGAGGCCGACGGUUGGAAACACACCUCAUUCGAAUACCAAAAGCAGCGCGACUCAUAUCAGACUUCCAUGGCAACCAAGGGUCAUGUCAGGGGAGCGAGAGGUGACAUGCCACCGUCCGAGCUCUUUUGCUCCGCACUGCAUCGUGUAGCCACGGGCGAUCUGAUCCGGGUAGCGUCAGGAUCGGAUGCUUGGCACCUGGAAGCCACAGAGCAGCUUCGACAAGCAAGCGCUCUGAAGAACUCGCCUCUGCCGUCUUUGCCGCUGUCACCCUGUUUUGAACUAGCUCCGAAUCAUCCUGUAUACACCUUGUCCAAGAAAAAGCGUUUGAUGCUUGCUUUGUACUUGGCUUAUGCUUACCUUCACCUAAGUGGAGGCUGUUGGUGGCCCUACACCAAUCGUUCAAGCGUCAUGCUUCCCAACGAUUUUGACGUCAACAAACCUCCACCAGCAUUCUUCUCUGCUGCAUUCUUGCAAAGGGACGAUAAGCAUACACCUGAAAUUCGUCUCAACUAUGUCGAACAACUCAUCAAUCACGAUAUGCCCAGCCUUGUGGCAUUUGGAAGGCUCCUACUUGAACUCUGGGUUGGGCAUCAAGUCAUAUGGGACAACGUUCCAGCAGCACUUUAUAGUUGCGAGGAUGAUCUUCUCGGCCGGCCAUGGACAUGGGCGAUAAAUGCAUGCCUUCAGAAGCCAUCUUCAAACUCAGACAAAAUAUCCACCAUCCGUGAAGAUCAGAGGGCGCGUAAUGCGUUCAUCAGGGAGGUGCUUCUUCCGCUACAAUAUGUAGUAUGCACUGGUUUCCAUGUUGCCGCAGAAGAUGUGUUUCCUGCGCCUCCAGUCGCAAGGCCGCGAAGAGUCAGGAGAAUCACCUUGCGACCACCACCGAUGCGCCCUGCUGAACCUCAGUCUACCGCAAUUGAGUAUUGCUUGCACGACGGCGAUAACGAAUACGAGAGAGUCGAGGAUAGCAGUGGCAGAGAUGCCGACGCCCAUAUGGAUCAACUCCAGAAAUGCUUUUCCACCAUGCUCGACAAGAUCGACGAACUCUGUCCAGAAGUCGACGAGCGGUAUAGCGCACGACCGGUCAAUGUGGCGAUACUUGACACGGGCGUCCAAAUGACCAAAGACUACUACAAGCGCGCGUACCAAAAUCGACUUAAGGAAUGCCGAACUUGGAUCGGCACGACGACAGCUGCAGGUGAAUCCUUGCCUCUCGGUACUCAUGACGUUGACGGCCACGGCACUCACGUCACCAGCGUUCUCCUGCAGGCGACACGCUCGACUGACGUUCAUGUGUACGUUGCACAAGUCUUUGCUGGAAGAAAAGAGCAGCUUGUUCAAGGCGAAAACGAAAGGACCUCCGCAGUGGAUCGCAUUGUCAACGCCAUUGAACACGCAGUGAACGUCUGGAAAGUCGACGUGAUAUCUAUGUCGUUCGGCUUCCCAAAACCAAUACCGGCCAUCAAUGCUGCUCUAGCCCGCGCAGAACAGAACAAUGUGGUGUUGCUUGCCGCAGCAUCAAAUUGUGGUGCUAAUGCGAAAGCAAGUUGGCCAGCCCGUGAUGCAAAAGUCCUCAGCAUCUACGCAGCGACCGGGAUUGGAAACAAAUACCAAAGAAAUCCUACGGCAAGAUUGCGAGCAGACAACUUCGCUACACUCGGCACUGCCGUGAAGGCGCUGUGGCCCCACGAGCAUGGGGUAAUCAGGAAGUCGGGUACUUCGACCGCAACGCCUGUCUGCGCUGCGAUUGUUGCAGUCAUCAUUUCCGUGCUGAGACGCAGUGAAGACAAGUACAUCGCUGCGCACAGGCACAUGGAUCAAUCAGAUCAGAGCAUCGAUGAGAGACGGGACGACUAUCGAGCCAAACUCAACGUUCUUGGAAAGGCUAGUAACAUGGCGAGCGUCCUACGGCUCAUGGUCGAGGGGGAAAACACUCGAGACGGCUACGACUAUCUGACGCCUUGGACGGUCUUCAAUAAGAACAGGACGGCGAUGUCAAUCAUCGAGAGCCUUCUUGAGGCUAUCGACGCAUGA